CCGAUGGCUCUCUCCCUCCACCGCUUAUAAUUUAUCCUAACCUUCGUAUUCCUAUGAAUGUAUACGAAGCCAUUCCAUCCAGUUUAUUUGCAAUCGGAAAAAGUGAAUCGGGAUAUAUUAACCAUCAGGUGCUUUAUGAGUAUCUCACUAAUGCAUUUGACCAAUGGUUAACUCAACAUAAUAUACAAAGACCAGUUAUAGUUUGGUCCGACAAACAUGAAUCGAGGCUGCAAUUUCAUUUAGUUAAAACCUUAGCAGACCUGCAAAUAAUGCUUAUAUUGAUCCCACCAAACUGUACCCAUUUCAUGCAGCCUUUGGACGUAGGAUUGUUUGGCCCUAUGAAAAAUGAAUGGGCUAAGUGUGUGAAUAGGUUCAGGGCUGCCAACCCAAAUGAAUACGUUACCAAAGAGUCCUUUGCAGGAAUGUUCCUGCCAGUGUACACAAGGGUCAUGAGUAGAGAGAAAAUAGUAAAAUCCUUUAAAAAAUGUGGCAUACAGCCAUUUGAUCAAGACGCUCCUGAUUAUACCAAGCUCACUCUUGAAGAAGCCCACUCCGGAGACAGUCGAAUAUUUGAAGGAGUGCUUCAAGACGGUCGUGUUGAAGCUUCCACUCAAGUUGAAAAUUUUUUUCAUGUCAAUGUUGCGACACAGACAUCCUCUGACAUCAUCUUGUCUGGUAACACAAGUACUAGCACGAUGGAAGGACUGGGAGCAGGCCCAAACAUUCACCUGAUAACAAAAUCAUUUGAUGACUUUGUCAUCGAUUCGCCACGAUUUGAUUAACUCAGAAUGGUGAAGAGGCA